AUGACAACCACCGAAGCCCCGCUGCGCCCUCGCCUUCCAGACUGGCUCAAGGUCCCCAUGCCCGGCGGCCCGCGCUACAUCGAGCUGAAACAGCUCAUGCGCGACAGCCAGCUGCACACCGUGUGCGAGGAAGCCCGUUGCCCCAAUAUCGGCGAGUGCUGGGAGCGCUCCGCCGCCACCUUCAUGAUCCUGGGCGACAUCUGCACCCGCGCCUGCGCCUACUGCGCCGUCACCACCGGCCGCCCCGGCACGCUGGACCUGGGCGAACCCUUCCGUUUGGCCGCUACGGUCAAGCGCAUGGGCCUGAAGUACUGUGUCAUCACCUCGGUCAACCGGGACGACCUGCCCGACGGCGGGGCCGGCAUCUUCUCCGCCUGCAUCAAGCAGGUGCUCAACCACAACAUCGAGUCCGUGGAGCGCGUCUUCAACCGCGUGCGUCCCAAGGGCGACUACCGCCAGUCGCUGGAACUGCUGCGCCAGGUCAAGGAUAUUGACCCUGACAUGCCCACCAAGUCCGGCAUCAUCGUCGGCAUGGGCGAGACGGUGGACGAGGUGAAGCAGACCAUGGCCGACCUGCGCGCCGUGGACUGCGACCUGCUCACCAUCGGCCAUAUCGACAGCGAAGACGACUACAACCGUGCUCUGGCACGUUUGGGAGAGAUUCUUCGAGCUGACGUCGGAACGCCGGAGCGCGGCGAGCGCGACCACCUGAUUGACCUGCUUGAAGCGUACGAGGAACCACGCGGUGACGUUGGCCUGCUGAGCAUUCCGGCAGCCAUAGAGUUCCACAUGAGACGCCUGGGCCUCACGCCAGAAGACCUCGCUCCCCUGAUGGGCAGCAGGAAAGCGGCGGCGGCGGUGCUGUCAGGCGAAAUGGAUAUCACCAUGCCCAUGGCCCGUGCGCUCCACAAGUACUGGGGAAUCCCUGCGGAGAUCCUCCUGCAGGAUCCUCCGAGCGAGGCGGAGAAAGGGAUUACCACCAAGGUCCACGUGAGCGUGGAUGCCUUGGGCAAUCCCUUGCGGUUCAUCCUGACUGGGGGGCAAAAGCACGACAUCACCCAGGCCCAGGGGCUGAUCGCCGAUCAUGCCGGAGAGUACGUGAUUGCCGACAAGGGGUAUGAUUCCCGUGAGUUUCGCCAGUACAUCCUGGAACGAGGCAUGCGUCCGGUCAUACCGCCACGCUCCAACCGUAAGGAACCCCAAGCCUACGAUGCUUGCCUCUACCGAGAGCGGCACCUGGUGGAAUGCUUCAUCAACAAGAUCAAGCACUAUCGCCGGGUAUUCUCCCGGUUUGAGAAGCUGGACGCCAGAUACCUGGGCUUCCUUCACUUUACUGCUGCCCUCAUUUGGUUACGAUGA